GAGCAGCGACGCCGCCCGCAUCGGCCGCGAGACCGGCGCCGCUCGCGACAUUUACGAAAAUCGAUGCACGAUCCGUAACCGGCAUUUAACAUUAAUUAACUACCAUUAUCUAGUUCAAUUCAGAAUCAUUUGCAGCUUUAAAGGCAAAAAAUGUGAUUAUAGCAACUCGUUUUAAACAUAAAAUGAGAUUUAUUCACGUAUGAUUGUAUGCGGACCUUGAGCACGUCGGGUGAGACCUUCACGCCGGUAACCGCGCGGAAGUUGACGGGUACAUUUUUUUGUCAAAUUCGAGCUUGUUGAAUUUUAGUGCGCAUUAGUCACUAGCUAAGCAUCAGCGCCGAAGCUCGUGGCGCAUUGUUGACGAGUUGCACUGCGAUAGCGUCCCGCCGGGUGCAAUAACAGUCGCUAUCACAAUGUCACUACGACGUCUGCUUUGUCCCCGGUCGCGGCACUGACGCUUUUAUCCGUAUCUCCGGCGUCGAACGCUCACUUACAUUUGCACUUAUUAUUUAGAAGCCUAAGCGCUGCUACCAUAAUUCACGGUUUGAUCUUACGGAGCGUAAAUUGAUCGUGACCAUCGCAGUGCGCGCUAAGUUGUCCGUCACUUGUGUAUCUGUGCAGUUUCAUUGUGAACGUUGCUGAAGUGCAGUGGGUUGAUAGUGAUGUGAGGAUGCUUGUGCGUGGCCAUGUCAGUGGCGAAGAAAGACAAGCCGACUAUGUCGGUGACGGCACUUAUCAACUGGGCACGACCCUUGCCUCCGGGCCAGCAACAGCAGCCGAUGACGCCUACGUCGCCUGGCAGCAUGCUCCAGCCGAUGGCUACACCGUCUAACAUACCGACUGUUGACUGUUCACUGGAUAUCCAAUGGCUGAACUUAGAGAGCGGUUUUAUGUCGCCGAUGUCACCGCCGGAGAUGAAGCCAGACACGGCGAUGCUAGACGGCUUGCGAGACGACUCCACCCCGCCCCCUGCAUUCAAGAACUACCCCCCUAAUCAUCCCUUAAGUGGUUCCAAGCACCUCUGCUCUAUAUGUGGAGACAGAGCGUCGGGAAAACAUUAUGGAGUAUACAGUUGUGAGGGUUGCAAAGGGUUUUUCAAGAGGACGGUAAGAAAAGAUCUGACGUACGCGUGUCGUGAAGAGCGUAACUGUAUUAUAGACAAGCGGCAAAGGAAUAGGUGCCAGUACUGCAGGUAUCAGAAAUGUCUCGCGUGCGGGAUGAAGAGGGAGGCAGUCCAAGAGGAGCGACAAAGGGCAGCCAGAGGUACGGAGGAUGCACAUCCAAGCAGCUCAGUGCAGGUACAGGAGUUGUCAAUCGAGCGGUUGCUAGAGAUGGAGUCGCUGGUGGCUGACCCCACUGAAGAGUACCAGUUCCUCCGCGUGGGACCUGACAGUAAUGUGCCACCUAAGUUCCGCGCCCCUGUCUCAAGCCUUUGUCAGAUAGGCAACAAACAGAUAGCCGCGUUGGUGGUGUGGGCGCGCGACAUCCCGCACUUCAGUUCCCUCGAGCUGGAAGACCAGAUGCUGCUCAUCAAGGGAUCCUGGAACGAACUACUACUCUUCGCUAUCGCAUGGCGGUCUAUGGAGUAUUUGACGGAGGAACGUGAAGUUGUAGAUAGCUCCGGCAACAGGACUACAUCGCCACCACAACUCAUGUGCCUCAUGCCUGGUAUGACCCUACACCGCAACUCGGCUCUCCAAGCAGGCGUCGGCCAGAUAUUCGACCGCGUCCUAUCGGAACUGUCCCUGAAGAUGCGCGCUCUACGCGUCGACCAGGCCGAGUAUGUCGCGCUCAAAGCCAUCAUACUGCUUAAUCCUGAUGUGAAAGGACUGAAAAACAGACCAGAAGUUGAAAUUCUACGAGAAAAGAUGUUCUCGUGCCUGGACGAGUACGUGCGGCGGUCGCGCGGCGGCGAGGAGGGACGGUUCGCGGCGCUGCUGCUGCGGCUGCCGGCGCUGCGCUCCAUCUCGCUGAAGAGCUUCGAGCACCUGUUCUUCUUCCACCUGGUGGCCGACACGUCCAUCGCGUCCUACAUCCGCGAGGCGCUGCGCAGCCACGCCCCGCCCAUCGACGCCAACCUCAUGUAACCACACAGCUCCUACGAGGCAGCUACGUUAUACUUCUCUUAUCUAUUCUAUCAUUAUAGGAGCGACCGGUCGAAGGUCCGAGGUGAAAGCACUGGUUUCGGCCAUCUAAUUAGGGUUCUUUUAUGGAAAGUUAGCUUUAGCAGACGUCGAGCGGGCGUGUCGAAGUGGUUAAGAACGUUUCGAGGUCUUAGAUUAAUAAUCUUGAUACCUCAGUGUAUGUGCGUGUGACCGCUACACGACCUCUACGAUGUACGAGUUUAUAAACGGUUCUGAACAAAAUUGUUGCUAUAAUUAUAGGAAAUUCUUUAAUAUAUAAACUUAAGUGAAAUCUCAUAAAUCGUUAAAGAUAACCAAAAGGCCUUUGUUUUAUUUAGAGAGCACUGAAGGCUGUGUUUGACAACAUUCUGGCUAUGUGAAGUACGCGGGCGAUGUACUGUGUAGUGUUGUUGGUUAUAUCAGUUACUGUGAGUACCUGGAUGUCGAUAGCUUCUAUUCAACCGGCCCUUCGUCCACACAUCGUAUUGGAGAGAGCUACUGAGCUACGCGAGCAGUAGAGUAAGUACAAUAUCGACGCGUCGUGUAUCGGUCCGAGUAUCGAGUACGUAUCGAGAAUCACGUUAGCGGUUAGAUAGUGUAAAUGGGGCCGCCUCUUUUAUUACGUAGAUUAUGAUUAACGUAAAUAUUAGUCAUUCAUUUAUUAGGGAAUUUUAAUCGUCAGGUAGGUGUCCAUAGCGAAUUAAUAUAAUGUUAGACUAAUUAAUGUGUAAUUUUAACAUUUACCAAAUCUCUCUUCAAAGCACAUACAUUUAUUAUUAUGUAUUUUUAAUGGAUUGAUAAGUGUCCUAUGAGCCACAGAUAAAAUCAUGUUGAUUCGUAAAAACUAAAAGAUAAAUUAUACGAAAUUUUAUGCUUCAUAUAUUUCCCAUAUUAUAUAUGUACAUGUUGGUGCUUUAACAUGCAUUAUUUACAUAUUGUGCAUAUUAAAUAUGCAUAGUAAACAUUAAAAUUAAUGUUACUUGAUAAAUUCUUAUUUUCAUUACGUCUAGCAUAGAAUGUUAUAAAACUGUAAAUAUAUCUUGCAUGUACAAUGUAAUUUUAUUGUUUAGACGAGUAAUUUAUAUUGCAUAUUAAUAUAUAGCUCACCAGCAGUGUAGGUGGUGGGAAUAAACGGAUAGAAUGGCCUACAAAAUGUAAACAGAACAUGUAUUUCUUGAACAGGCCACUUUAUUUUUGUACGCGAGGAUGUCUGUAACAUGCAUUUGAGAAUUCACUAACAAAAUUAACCAGUAUUAUGUGUUUAACAUUCACACACGGAAAUCAAGUGGACGCGGCAUUUGAGCGAUAUAUGGACGAGCAUGGCUAAAGAAAAAUGUUAAAUUAUAAUGUUUCAUUAUACAUAUAUUGUUGAAAUUUAGAAAGCUAUGUAAUGUUGACUUGCAGCUCAAUGAUCUUAAACUGGUAUAUUUGGUACACGGUAGGAACUGUUUAAGAUUUUCACAUACUGUAGUUUGUUGAUCGUUGACAACCAGUAUUCCUGUUAUGAAGAUAAAUGUUGAACAAUGAUAUUACUAUAUGGAUUGGUUUGAAUUAUAUGACGGAGAUGUUGCAGUGGUUGUGAGAUGAUUUAUAAUGAUGUUCACUAAUUAUCUGACUAAAUUUAAGUUAUAUUUUUUGUAUAGACAUACAUAGCUUUAAGAUUCAUAAAUGGUGAUUAAAAUUAUUAUCACAA